UCAUCAGGUUCAUCUUGAUCAAGCGGCUCUAAUGCCACUUCUGUUUCCCGGUGACAUGUUGCUCCCUUGAGAACCAUAGUGAGGACACUGGGUGUCCUGGAACCCGGAAAUGGUGCUGGUGUCAUUUGAGGACAUAGCCGUGGACUUCACCUGGGAGGAGUGGCAGGACCUGGAUGUUGCCCAGAGAACCCUCUACAGAGACGUGAUGCUGGAGAAUUAUAGCAGCCUGGUGUCCUUGGGGCACUGCUUGACUAAGCCUGAGUUGAUCUUCAACUUGGAACAUGGACUUGGGCCCUGGAGCACAGCAGAUGCCUCAGCCUGGAACCUCUCAGGUGUCAACAAAAUGAGUGGUCUGGUUGAGGCUGGCCAGAAAAAUGGAGACAGACAUUUCUGGCAAAUUGAAUUCAACAGCAAUACAUCAAAUGAAGAACUCGUUGAAGCAGAGCUAAAGAUUCAUGAAGAAAUCCACCAAGGAACAAAAUUCUAUGAAUGUGAAGUAUGUUUGGAAGCAUUUUACCUGAAGUCCCAAUAUAGCACAAAUCAGAGAUAUCACACAUGUGAGAAUCCAUAUGAAUGUAAGGAAUAUAGACAAGCUUUCUAUUCUAAGUCUACCUUCAGUCAAUAUCAGAGGCUUGAGAGAGGUGAGAAACCCCACACAUGUAUGGCAUGUGGGAAAGCCUUCUACUGCAAGUCACAUCUCACUGUGCAUCAGAGGACUCACACGGGUGAGAAGCCCUACGAAUGUAAAGAGUGCAGGAAAGCAUUCUAUAGCAAGUCACAGCUCAAUGUACAUCUGAGGAUUCAUACAGGGGAGAAGCCUUAUGCAUGCAAAGACUGCAGGAAAGCUUUCUACCGCAAUUCUGACCUCACUGUACAUCAGAGGACUCACACGGGUGAGAAGCCCUAUGAGUGUAAAGUGUGCAGGAAAGCGUUCUACUGCAACUCCCAGCUCACUGUACAUCAUAGGACUCACACAGGUGAGAAGCCCUACGAAUGUCAAGUAUGCAAUAAAGCAUUCUACUGCAAGUCACAGCUCGCUGUGCACCACAGGACUCACACAGGCGAGAAGCCCUAUGAAUGUAAAGAGUGCAGGAAGGCAUUCCAGUGCAGGUCAGACCUCACUCGACAUCGGAGAACUCAUACUGGCGAGAGACCGUAUGAAUGUGACGAGUGCAGGAAAGCUUUCUAUCGCAAGUCAGACCUCACUGUACAUCAGAGGACUCACACGGGUGAGAAGCCCUAUGAGUGUAAAGUGUGCAGGAAAGCGUUCUACUGCAACUCCCAGCUCACUGUACAUCAUAGGACUCACACAGGUGAGAAGCCCUACGAAUGUCAAGACUGUGGGAAAGCCUUUCAGUGCAAGUAUGAACUUACUCGACAUCAGAGAACACAUACAGGUGAGAAACCUUAUGUAUGUCUAGAAUGCAGGAAAGCUUUCUACACCAAGUCAGAUCUUACUCGACAUCUGAAAACACAUGCAGGUGACAAACCCUGAAUGUACAGGGUACACUAAAGCUUGACACAACAAGUCAUCACACAACUGGCAUCAGAGAACACAUAUAAAACUUUUUACCAUAAAAGUAGCCCUUAUUUAAUGUCAGAAUUCAUACAGAUGCAAAUAAUAGCCAUGAAAAUACAGUAAGAAAGCUCUCUAUUUUAGCUCAUCUCUGUGUACAGACCAAUAAAUUUAGGGAACGUGAGAAACUUCAUGUGGUCAAAUCUCAUGUGACACCAUGUAGUGUAUGCAGGUGAAUGACCCUUUGAGAUAAAGAAAAUUAGAACAUAUUAUUUAAACCAUUAAGUGCAUUAAAUGGGCAGGAAUCUCAUAUAGGUAGACUUUAUCAAUAUGUAUAGUCAGACCUCAGACUACAUCAAAAACAUCAUAAAGGUGCAGUUGUGUAUAGCAAGUGAUUCACCAGGUACAAGUUUUCACCUUGACCCAAGGGGGUGAUUUGGCAGAGACUCAUUUGGAAUUGAUCUUUAACAGCAUAGCAAGACACCAAACCGAAAGACCAGGAAAGCCGGUAUGGUGGUGCACACCUUUAAUCCUAGCACUCAGAAGGCAGCAGCAUGUAGAUCACUGUAAAUUUGAGGCCAACCUGGCUAACAUAGUGUGUUCUGAGUCAGCUAGGUCUAUACAUUGAAAUCCUGUCACAAAAAAGGUGUGACCAUCUUAAAUGAUAGUAGAUGCCAUAUUGUUGUUAAACCAUAAGAAAGUAAAGAAUGUCAGAAAAAUGUUUAAAUAGUACUUGAAACUUAACUGUCAUCACAAACACAACAAAAAGAACAAAGCAUAAGAGUGUGAUACAGGAGUGCUGCAUCUCAUCUGGCUUUUCAUCAGCAUAAAUAAUUUCAGUAUUGAGUUGUAUACAGACGCUCUAGAAACCCCACCAACCACAUGGCAGCAAGCAUGAUAUCGAAUGUGAACGUGAGAACGUUUGAAUUUUUAACAUUGGUUGAGCUGGGAAUGCCAGGCUCAGUCAUGGCGCCUUCAGAAGGAAUGCAUUUCCUCUUCUUUGUAUCUGAGUCUUCUUACCUAUCACCCAGAUUUUCAGCAUCCAUGCUUACGACUCAAGUUUUAGAAAGUAUAAGCAGUUGUAAAGAAGUUGUAACAAAUUGACUAUGCAUUAUUUUGAGUACUGUCAGUGUAAUUACACCUUUUCAGCAAGACAGUGUGUCAAUAGGCAGGCCAGGCUGACCGAAUUCUUUGUAUCCUGGGCUGUUCUCAUAUUCAUCACACUCUUCGGAGCUUUGACUAGAAGAAUGGUCUUCCAUGCAACCAUAUAUCCCUUUAAUAUGUGAAAUUUUUUUCAGUAAAAUUUCAACAUUAUUAUUUACCAUAAAUUUGAGGGAGAAAAUUUCAGUUUAUGUAACUUGCAUGUUAAUUUCCAGAUGGAACUGUUUGAUAUCGUAUUGGAAAUUAUGCAUUCAAUUGUAUGCUACCAAAUAAACACAAUGA